GCGUCAUAGAGACAGCUGUGAACACACAGUUAGGAGCUAGCUUAAGUCAUAGCUAGCUAAUGUGGCUUAGCUUUAAGACAGAAAAUGUGUUUACGGGCGGCGAAGACAAAAACAGUAUGACUAACACGCUGUUGUAACUUAAGGGCUUUUUUCUUCGGCUGGUUAAACUUAGCUAAUCAGCGCGUUAGCUGUGUGGACCUGCUUUAGCUUAGCUAACUGUCACCGGGUUGUUUUGUUCUCCGUGAAAGUGGCAGUUUCCGUCAUAACACAUGAGUGUGUCGCUGGUUGUUAUCCGUUUGGAGUUAGCCGACCAGUCUCCCUUUCCACAGGGGUUCCAGUACUCAGCCGUUGAAGGCAUGUCAGAGGAGGAGCUGCAGGACAGAGCUCUGGGUUUAGCCAGACACACUCUCAGUGGAAAGACCGAGCUGGAAAGAGCAGCUGUACUGCACCAACACAUUGGCAGCAGAGCCAUGGGGGACAUGGUUAUAGAAACCUUUGAACCCAGCCCAGAUAAAGGAGGAGGUGAAGCGGAGCAGACGGAGCAGACCAGUGAACUUCAGGCUGUAAAGACUGAAGCAGACGGUCAGGAGGCUUCACAGGACGACAGUGCAGCGACGGGCGCUGCUCCAGACUCCCCCUCCAAACAGCUCCCAGACCAGAUCUCGUUCUUCAGUGGAAACCCCUCUGUGGAGAUCAUCUAUGGCAUCAUGCACCUCUACAAGACCAACAAAAUGACGUCACUGACUGAAGAUGUGAGACGCAGCGCCAUGGUCUGUAUCCUGACUGUCCCGGCGACCAUGACCAGCCAUGACCUCAUGAAGCUCCUCGCGCCGUUUAAUGAUGUUAUGGAGCAUAUGAAGAUCAUAAGGGACUCCACUCCGAACCAGUACAUGGUGCUGAUUAAGUUUUGUACUCAGGCAGACGCAGACAGUUUCUACACAGCGUGUAAUGGCCGCCAGUUCAACUCCAUAGAGGACGCAGUGUGCCAACUGGUCUAUGUGGAGCGGGCAGAGGUUAUAAAGUCUGACGAGGGAGCCAGUCUGCCGGUGAUGGAGCUGACGGAGCUGCCGAAGUGCACCGUGUGCCUGGAGAGAAUGGACGAGUCGGUCAACGGCAUCCUCACCACUCUCUGUAACCACAGCUUUCACAGCCAGUGUCUCCAGCGGUGGGAAGAUGCCUCGUGUCCCGUGUGCAGGUACUGCCAAACACCAGAGCCGGUUGAAGAGAACAAGUGCUUCGAGUGUGGCGUGCAGGAGAACCUGUGGAUUUGUUUGAUCUGCGGCCACAUCGGUUGCGGCCGCUACGUCAGCCGGCAUGCCUACAAGCACUUUGAGGAAACGCAGCACACCUACGCAAUGCAGCUCACCAACCACCGUGUGUGGGACUACGCAGGAGAUAACUACGUGCAUCGGCUGGUGGCCAGUAAGACUGAUGGGAAGAUGGUGCAGUAUGAAUGUGAGGGAGACAUAUGUCAAGCUGAGAAAAUUGAUGCACUCCAACUAGAGUACUCGUACCUGCUGACGAGUCAGCUGGAGUCUCAGAGGAUUUACUGGGAGAAUAAGAUCGUUCACCUGGAGAAGGAGACGGCCGAGGAGAUAAACAACAUGAAGGCGAAAUUUAAAGAAACCUUGGAGCGCUGUGAUAACUUGGAGCAGCGGUUGGGAGAAAUAACCAAAGAGAAGCAGGUCAUGGAGAAAAAGUACACUCAGCUUAACGGCCGAGUGGUGAAGCUGAGCCAGGAGCUGAAGGAGGAGCAGGAGAUGAACCGCUGUCUGAGAGCCAAUCAGACGCAGCUGCAGUCCCAGCUGGCGGAGGAGGAGCGCAAAGGAAAAGAGAGCGGAGACCGUAAGGACGAGACGAUAGGAGAACUGCAGGAGCAGCUCAGAGACGUCAUGUUUUAUCUGGAGACGCAGCAGCAGAUCGAACACCUUCCUCCGGAGGCUCGCAGCGAGAUCCAGGAAGGACAGAUCAACAUCGCAGCCAGCCCGGCGGACGGCGCUCUGGGCUCGGCGGGGGCGGGCCCUUCCUCCGGCAGAGGCAGGAGAGGCCGCGGCAGGAAGAGGAAGUAGGCGGCGUUUAAAGUCUGCAGGAAAGCACUAGAAAACUACGGCCACCUCUCGGUGUGGGCACAUGUCCACGGCCGUUCAUUGAUUAACAUGUGUCUGCUUGUUCGUGGUUCACCAGAAAGCUCUCGGAGGACAAACGAAGACUUGACAUUUCACACUCGACUUGUUGAAGAGUAAACAGUGCUGAUAUUUACCUGCUCAGUUUUACACCUUUUAACUUAAUGUCGCUCCUACGAGAGGAGAGAAGUGGAUUUCUCACUCAUUAAAGACACGACGACCCUUUGUGGUUCCCAAACAUAUUCAACAUCUACGUGAUUAUAAAUAUAUUCUGCUGUUUCCACAUUUGAAGAGUAUCUAUUUUGGUCAUAAUUGUUAUUUAUCUGAUCAGAAUUGAUCAUUUGUGCCCAGUCUGACUCCGUGUGAUGGUUGUUGUUAACAAAGUCUGUUCGCCAUCUUUAUAUUUCCUCUUUUUACAUGUGAGCGCUGGGCAGAGAGAAGCUGGGAGGUUAAUGAGUUUUGCUUUGUGUAAAGUUUUGUUUUGUUUUUCCCAGAAUCCUUUUAGGCUCAUCUCAUUUUUUUUUGUUUUUUUUUUGUGUCUGUGCUUAAGUAAAAUGCUGAAUUUUUUGUUUUUGUUCUUUUCAACAUCAUUUUUAAUAGUUUCCAUUGAAAACUACUCAGGAUGUCAAAGGUUGAAGAGAUGGAGGAGAAACGUGGAUUUGCCAUGUGGCGUUUUACUUUUCAGUGCAGUUUACUCGACCCUGGAAAGUCCAGGAGCAGAAGCUGGUGCUCACUGCCAGGAAGCUUUGUUAGGUGGUAAAAAAAAAAAAAAAAGGUAAAUAUACUUCCUGUUCCUCCUAAGUCAGUGAUUCCCAACCAGGGGAGAGUCAACCGCAGGGAGUGCUACAGCCAGGAAGUAUCUGAGAGGACAGUGGAGUAAAAAGUUCACGCAUUUGUGAAUAGGAGGAAGAAAAACACCCAAUUUGAAUUGUAAAUGUGUUUGAAGCUGAUCUUAGAAUACGAAUCAUCAAAAUGACCAAUAAACUAUCGGCUUUGAUGAGGCUGACUGCACAGGACACGCCCCCUACACACCUCAGUUGUAACACCUGAACGCAACCGGCUGCAAUUAGGUUUUUGUGAAAACUCUCAAUAAGUUGUUUAAGUUCUGCUCUUCAGCGUCAGUCUGAGGUUCUUGUACUUGAAUAUUUUUUUGCUGCGUUUCAGUGAAAAUACGUCGUUCCUCUCACUCCAUUACAUUCACUAAUUCAUUCAUUAACAGUUGUCGUUACUUUACAGAUUACAUACAGUUUACAUACAAAAUAUACACUCAGUGGCCUUUUUAUUAGGUACACCUGUACAAUGUUGAGUUGUUUUUAUCUUGAUCACUGAGGUUCACAGCUGCUGAUGCUGUUGUACUGGACUGGAUUAUAAUCAGGUGUUUUCUAAUGUGGAUGUAAAGGACCAAAAAACAACAACACCACCAUCUUUAACUGUGACCUCUGUAAUAAUUUACACAUUUACACAUAAACUUAUGGCGGAGCUGUUGUGUGGAAUUACAUUACACUGCACAGGUGUACCUAAUAAAGUGACCACUGAGUUGUACGUUCACUUUUUCUCUAUACGUGACACAUGCUUAUAGCUAGAGCUGCAACAAUUGGUCAAUUAAUCAAUUAGUAACUUGACAAAAUCACGCAUUAAUUGUUCUUGUUAAUUGAAUCAUUUUUUUUAAGUAAAAAAAAUAAUAAUCUGAACAUUUUCUUGUCUGAACGUCUCACAUGUAAAAACUUCUGUUGCAAUGAUCCUAAACUGAAUAUUUAGUGAGACGAACAGAGACCACAGUUGUAAAUGUUCUCUGAUCUUUCGCUUUUGCUCCUGAAACCUUCGUACUCUCUCUCUGACUUGUGAUGGUUCUGUUUUGAGGUUGUGGUGUUGUUAAUCAUAAAUAAUGAACGGAUGUUUCGGUUGAAAGGUUAUUCCCCGCUGUGUGAGGUGUGAACCUGCACAUCUGUCCUGUGUACAAAGCACCGGCCUCGCAACUUAUUUAGAAAACACUGGCGUGACCUCUGACCUUGAAGAUACGACCCUUUGUGAAGGAGGGGAGGAAGUGAGCGAAGGGUCGGCGUGUAGACGAAGCAGCAUGUCACGUGAUGAAGUGGCUCUGUUCACUCCUUUUAAAGUAUUUUGUGCUUUUAUUUUUUAUUUUUUUUUUGUUAGUUUAACAUUUCAAAUAGCAUGUAAAAGCUUUAGAUGGAUCCGAAAGGCCUUAAUUAAGAUGUACGGUGUUGAAUGUUAAAUAACUUGGCUCAAAAGACCAGUUCCACUCCAGAGGUAGAAUUUGCAAGAGGUUCUUUUAGCUUGAAGAGAUGCUAAACAUCUGGGCACAUGUGCUUAUUAGCUAAAAGUUAGAGAAUCACUCGCUCUGUUUCCAGUCGUUAUGAUGUGCUGAGCUAAUAAUCUCCAGGAUGAAGCUUCGUAUUUAACGUGCAGACAUGAGAGUUUUUAGCGAGAAAGCUCAUGAGCAGAUUUCCCCGAAUGAUGAACUACUUGGUAAAGAGGACGGUGGGAGGGAGCUGAAGUUUAUAUCCAACGUGCCAGAGAGCAGCUGUCACUUUAUACUACCUGGAAAGAACUGAUUUGUAGUUUCUUAGUGUAGUUUGUACUGUUACACUGCCUACAUCAAUAAACAAGAAAAAGAAGAUGUGGCUUGUGUCUGAGAACACGUGUGUACAUGUGUUUUGGUCAUAGUACUGCUCAGUUUUCAUGCUCCAGAAUUCAAUAAAAUGUUUUCUAAAAGUUG